AUGAAGAACUCCAGUAGUUCUCUGGAGUUUUUGCCUACAACAUUCAUUCUGGCUGGUAUCCCAGGGUUGGAGACAGAGCAUAUCUGGUUAUCCAUCCCCUUCUGCCUGAUGUAUAUUAUCAUCUUCCUAGGGAAUGGGGCCAUUCUUCAUGUCAUCAGAAUAGAUGCUGCCCUACACCAGCCCAUGUACCUUUUUCUUGCCCUGUUGGCACUGGCAGAGGUGGGUGUCUCUGCAUCUACUCUGCCUACAGUACUAGGCAUCUUCCUUUUGGGUACCACUAAGAUCAGUUUUGACGCAUGUCUUCUCCAGAUGUUCACCAUCCAUUCUUUCUCCAUUAUGGAGUCAGGGGUGUUGCUGGCCAUGUCCCUGGACCGCUUCUUGGCCAUCUACAACCCGCUGCGCUACACAGCCAUCCUGACUCGGCCCCACAUCUUUGGCACAGGAGUGAUUAUUGGGCUGAGAAGUGCUCUGCUCAUGGCCCCAUUGCCCAUACUCCUAAGGCGCCUGCCUUUCUGUGGCCACAAUGUCCUCUCCCACUCCUAUUGCCUCCACCCCAACCUUAUCCAUCUGCCUUGUGGGGACAUUUCUAUCAACAAUAUCUAUGGCCUUUUCAUUGUUACCUCCACGUUUGGGUUCGAUUCAUUGCUCAUUGUGGUGUCCUAUGGGCUCAUACUCCACACCGUGUUGAGUAUCACCACCGGAGAGGGCCGGAGGAAGGCACUCAACACCUGUGGUUCACAUGUCUGUGCAGUGCUCGCUUACUAUGUGCCUAUGAUCGGCUUGUCGAUGGUGCACCGUCUCGGACACCAUUUGUCCCCUUUGCUGCAUGUCAUGAUGGCCAAUGCUUACCUCUUCUUCCCACCUGUCAUCAACCCCAUUGUGUACAGCAUAAAGACCAAAGAGAUCCGUCGUGGCAUUGUCCGGAUGCUAUCCUAA